GCGGGGACGGCCGCCUGGACAGGGCGGCGGCGCCCACGAGUUGCGCGGCAGCGGAGGUAACUGACAGGGGCAGCUCCACAGGCCUCAACGUCAGCGCUGGAAAUUACGUGGGCUAGACGCUGCGCACUUUGUUCUGAGACGCUGCUCUGCGGCUACGGGAUCCCGUGCUGGGGAGUUCUUGGGGCCCAGGAGUACCCAUGACGCCCCCCUAAAGAGGGCGGCUCCCGCGGCGCAGAGUCCUCAUCCUCGGGAGGUGAGGCUAAGAUGAGCAUAACCAGCGACGAGGUGAACUUCCUGGUGUACCGCUAUCUCCAGGAGUCAGGUUUCUCACACUCGGCCUUCACUUUUGGAAUCGAGAGCCACAUCAGCCAGUCCAACAUCAACGGGACACUUGUGCCGCCUGCCGCACUCAUCUCCAUCCUGCAGAAGGGGCUACAGUAUGUGGAGGCCGAGAUCAGCAUCAACGAGGAUGGCACUGUGUUCGAUGGGCGGCCCAUCGAGUCACUGUCGCUGAUCGACGCGGUGAUGCCAGACGUGGUGCAGACACGGCAGCAGGCCUUCCGAGAGAAGCUGGCACAGCAGCAGCAAGUGGCAGCGGCGGCGGCGGCUGCCACAGCUCCCCCUACAACCGUUUCCCAGCAAAACACAGCCAAAAAUGGCGAGUCCGCAGUGAACGGCGAGGAGAGUGGGGCGCAAGCCAUUAAUAACCAUUUGAAACCAAUGGAGAUCGACGGGGAAGUGGAGAUCCCAGCCAGCAAGGCCACUGUGCUGCGAGGCCAUGAGUCCGAGGUGUUCAUCUGUGCCUGGAACCCCAUCAGCGACCUCCUUGCAUCCGGGUCCGGGGACUCCACGGCGAGGAUCUGGAACCUCAAUGAGAACAGCAGCGGGGGCUCCACCCAGCUGGUGCUGAGACACUGUAUCCGGGAAGGGGGCCACGACGUGCCCAGUAACAAGGACGUCACCUCGCUGGACUGGAAUAGCGACGGCACGCUCCUGGCCACGGGUUCCUACGACGGCUUUGCCAGGAUAUGGACGGACGACGGCAACCUGGCCAGCACCUUAGGGCAACAUAAAGGCCCCAUCUUUGCCUUGAAGUGGAACAAGAAAGGGAACUACAUUCUAAGUGCCGGCGUGGACAAAACCACCAUCAUUUGGGACGCCCACACGGGAGAGGCCAAACAGCAGUUCCCUUUCCACUCAGCCCCUGCCCUCGAUGUGGACUGGCAGAACAACACGACCUUCGCCUCCUGCAGCACCGACAUGUGCAUCCAUGUGUGCAGGCUCGGCUGCGACCGCCCUGUCAAAACCUUCCAGGGACACACGAAUGAGGUCAACGCCAUCAAGUGGGAUCCCUCUGGGCUGCUGCUGGCUUCCUGCUCUGAUGACAUGACCCUGAAGAUCUGGAGCAUGAAGCAGGAUACAUGUGUCCAUGACCUGCAGGCGCACAGCAAAGAGAUCUACACCAUCAAGUGGGGUCCUGCCGGGCCGGCCGCCAGCAACCCCAACGCCAGCAUCAUGCUCGCCAGCGCUUCUUUUGACUCCACGGUCCGCCUCUGGGAUGUGGAGCGGGGCGUCUGCGUGCACACGCUCACCAAGCACCAGGAGCCUGUCUACAGCGUGGCCUUCAGCCCCGACGGGAAGUACCUGGCCAGUGGGUCCUUCGACAAGUGUGUCCACAUCUGGAACACUCAGAGCGGGAACCUCGUGCACAGCUACCGGGGCACCGGCGGCAUCUUCGAAGUGUGCUGGAACGCACGCGGGGACAAAGUGGGUGCCAGCGCGUCUGACGGCUCUGUGUGUGUGUUAGAUCUUCGGAAGUGAGCGCCAACGGUGAGCGUGUGGAGGAUCCUCGGUGGUGGACCAGCAGUGUGCAGUGGCCGCACCCUUUAAACACAGUUCUGUCUGCUCCAAAGCUCUCUCAACCUGA